GUCAGACAGAGGUAAACAAUCAGCUGACGGCCAUUAUUAUUAUUUUACACUGUGUUUUGCUUCGUUCCGAGACGGAGAACUCUUUGAUUCGGAGGUGACCGUAACUUCUAGCCACGUAUAAUUCUAUUUGCGUUUAGUUUUUUGUGAAAGUUCAGGAAGUUUCGUACAAGAUGACUGUCAUUACGAAACCCAUCAGUGGAAGUAAAUCGGAUAAACUUCAGGAUCCUCUGGUUGUGAACGAGCAGUUGCCUUCUGGUAAAGAUGUUGAGGCUAACAUGGGAGCUGACUCCCAGCCAGCUGACUUGUUCCUUCUCAAAGCUCAAAGAUCCCGAGCCUUGAACACUUUGUUCCUCCUCCUCACCGCCCUUCUGGUCACAAGUAUUGGAAUCUUCAGUGGAAUCCUUGUAUACCGUCAGUACACCCAGAUGAACCGUUACCAGCGCACUCUUUACCUCCCUCGUGAAGGCUCCUCUGACGAGACUCUGCAACAACUUGAAUCCUACUACAAGGACCGUGGCUUUUUGGAUGGAUUGAAAUCAUGGACUUGGGGAAAACCACCUGCAGGUGAUCACGUACAAGAAGAUUUCGAUCUUGAUGUUGCAGAUGGAAAUUACGAAAAGAUCACAGUUCCAAGCUUCAGCGGUGGACCAAACACUCGCUUCAUCCACGAUUUCAAUGCUAAUAUGACCGGAAUCGUUGAUUUCAUCCAACAAACCUGCUACAUCAUGCCUCUCAACAGAUCUGUCAUCAUGCAGCCCAAAGAUCUCAUGGACGCCAUCAAGCACAUGAUCACCGGAGAUUACACCUUGGAACCAGAGGAGAUCCGCGAAAACUGGCGAGUAGUAACCCCUGCCUUGAGUGCUUCAGAAGUUGCUGCCAAGAGCGAGCUCCUAUCCAAUGAGUGCAUAGAAUUCAACACCUACAAUCUUGAGAAAAUUGUCCAAGGAGUCUUCAAACGAAGUCUUGACGCAGCAGAUGUGCGGCAAUUUGAUGAAAUCAUUGGAUCCAAGAAAUUCUAUUUCAACAUUCACCAGUAAGCCGUUAUUCCAGCCCCGGAAAAUUUAACUAUUUUUACAAGUUUGUAAAUUGAGAUGACUGUAAUAAUGGUACAUAAGUGAAGAUUGUUGUGUUUACCUAUUCGUAAUUAUUUAUGAUAAAUUUGCCCUAACAUUCGCUCAUAUUGUUGAUGAAUUCGCACUCUGUACAUUUGCAUGGGAGGGGGAUGACGAGGCUCCUGAAACCUCACUUGAAAAUUUAAAUCACGCACCACAGCAAAUUCCCAUGAUCCGACAAACUUAAUCUCAUCAAUCUUAUUACUGUGUGAAGUUGAAAUAAUAGGAGAAAAACUUACUUUCUCAAAAGUUUUCCUCGGUGCUCAAGUAGUAUCGAUUGCCACAUCAUUGCAAUUUUAUCAACAGGAAUUUAUUGCAAUGUUAUAGCAGUCGAAAAUCCUGACAUAUUGUUUUUUCAGUUAAAUAAAAUUUCAUGCAGAUGUCAAUUUUUGGCUGUAUUAUCAGUGAAGAAAUGGCAAUAAUUGUGUUAAAGUCAGGCAAGGCAGCCUCUCUGUCAUUCUAUCAUGGUAAACCAGGAAUGAAAUUCCAAAUUUCCCAUCGAAAAAUGCUUCUCGGACGAUUGAUCAUGCUAGAAAUUUUGGCUCUGAGCUGGCAUCCGAUUUUCAAUGCUUAAAUUAGAUUUUCAAUUCUCAACACUAUCCAAAGAUUUGGAGUGAGUCCCCCUCUCUUGUAAUUAUAUUUACUCUUACCGAUAUCUGUACCUUUUCGUAUUAGAGUUUUUUCUGCUUGAAAUUCAAUAUGUAUAUCCGUGUAGGUGUCCAUUCGUGGUUAAAGUCUACAUAUUAUUGUCUACUCUUUUUCUGUCUCUUCGAAUCUUCAGGAGGAUCGAAGAGGCUCAUCCAGCAAUAAGUUUUUCAGUGAAGAUGUUUUGUCGAAUUAUUUUUAAUCAGACAUUAUUUUAUCUAUCUUAUAAAAUUCCAUAAGGGAUCCAUCGAAAGUUUUUUGAUUCAAGAUAUAGUUUUGUUGAAUCCUAUCAGUUCAAGAUGACAUUAUCUGAGGAGUAAAAGCCAACGGCUCGCUGAAGUUAAGACUCUAAUUAAGUCAAAUUUAUCAAUUUGUAAGGGUCAAAGUUAAGUACAUGCUUUCAAUUGCUCGCUUUGGACUCAAAAAUAUUUUUUUACCAUUCCUACCAGAGUAUGUACCAACUAACCCUUCUUCAGGAAACCGUAGAAGUAGUUAGGUUUGAACAUUUGCAGAGUAGAGGGACUCAAUCUGUUGUGUACAUUCGUUGUCUCAUUCUUGAGCACUCACUGUAAACCAGUAACUUUAUGGGAUAGGAUAGGAAUUGUGAUACUUCUAUUAAUUCUCAAAUGAUUAAAAAUCAAUAGCCUUUAUCUCUAAUCGCCCUCUAAUGUUAUGAAGUACACUCAGUUUCUCUUUUAUAUUUGAAACUCAAGUUUUAUCACCAGUCUUGAUCAUUCCAUUUUCCAACUUAGUUUUUCGAGACCAUUUUAGAGGACAUAAAAUUUAGUGGAACUCAUUUUAUCCAGUUCUAACUGCAAUCCUUUGAAUUUGAGUACCUAAUUGACUCCAGGAAUUCGUGAAUUGUGAAAAUUUUCCCACAAUAUUCACUCAGAUUGUAACGUAACUUGAUACUCAUGAUGAUAACUCGUAAAAUAAUCUGUCCACCAAUUGCUUUGCGAUUCGUAUUUUUGUCUGACAUGAUCGAAGUAAUCCUGUCUCCUCAAUAGCUUUCUUCAUCCACCAAGCACGUAGCAUUUACUGUGUUGCCAUAUUUUAGUUAUAUUUUUUAUUUCUGAGUAAAUUUUUGUCAAAAAAGUUUUCCUUUACAAAUCUUGACUUUUAAAUAGGAAUACACGAAUAAUAAUCAUUUAUUGAUCAUAAAAUAAAUUACUCUCUAAGGAUCUGAUAUUUACACCAAAUAAACUACAUUUAUAGUUUUUUUUUCUUCCUGUAUUUGUAACUUUGUUACUCGACGUAAUCUUUCCAGUGACUGGUAAAGCUUGAAACUAAUUUCCAGCAGCAGGCUCUAGAUUAAAUUUAAAUCUGUCUCCUGGUUUGACAAGUAUUAUUUCAUUUUAUUUGUCACAUAAUCAUCAUUGAACUUCAAAAUUGUUAUUUUGAUCUCCCUAAUUGCUUGGAUUAUUUUUUUGGAAUAAUUUUUAAGAGGAUAUGUUUGAAAAUGCCCCUUAAUCUGGAUAUUAAUGUGGGUUCAAGGAUUAAAAUCCUUCUUAAAAUUUUUGCUCUUUUGGGCCAAUUCAUCCUUGUUUACUCAUCCAUUUUUAAACCCUUUUUAUGUUUUACAGUCAUCUUACCCUUCUUUACUCUGGUCCAUGUUUAAUUUCAUUAAUUACCUGAAUUUUCUUUUCAACAAUUGAAUCCGUUUAGUUGUAUUUUACUCCCUCAUCAGUUUAUUUUUUAGCUGAACACCUGUCUCAUUGACAAUGAUUGGUAGUGGAUCAAUGUACUCAAAUUUUAUUGUGAUCAGUUUUGAACGGUUUUUCAUGAAAAAAUUAUUUUGUAUCAAAAAGUAGAUGUGCUGUUACAAAAAUUAUACAAUUUCUUUGAUUAAAAA